AUGGCGAAAGAGAUCGAUUCCCACCAGCGACACGCUUCCAAGGACAAAUCCCCCGAGCCCAUUGAUAUCACCGACUACCCCCAUAUCGAAGAGGGCAAACAGACGUCCGCAAAUGGAGUCCUCGAAGCGCUUGGGUAUGAGCCCGAACUAGUGCGAAAUCGAUCCACCCUCCAAGUGGCAUUCAUGUCCUUUGUACUCGCCGCAAUUCCAUACGGAUUGGCCACGACCUUCACCUAUCCUUUGGUCGGAGGAGGCCCUGUUAACAUCAUCUGGGGAUGGCUUGCUGUCUCUUUAAUCAUCCUCUGCGUGGCUGUUUCCUUGGGCGAAAUCACUUCGGUAUACCCAACUGCUGGCGGAGUUUACUACCAGACCUUUAUGCUUUCUCCUCCUUCUUACAGGAGAAUUGCGUCUUGGAUCUGCGGUUGGUCAUAUGUUGUUGGCAACAUAACAAUAACCCUGGCAGUGAAUCUUGGCAGUACCCUGUUUCUUGUCUCCUGUUUAAACGUUUUUGAGUCUUCUCCGGGGGUUGGUAUCUUCCAAGCGGAGACUUACCAAAUCUUCCUCAUAUUCCUUGCAGUCACAUUUUUGGCUAAUGCUAUCUGUGCUUAUGGUAAUGCAUGGUUGCCAUUCCUUGACACAUUCGCAAUUUUCUGGACAUUCUUUGGCGUCCUCGCUAUCAUUAUUUGCGUUCUUGCGAUUGCAAAGGAUGGCAGACAUGAUGCCGAAUAUGUCUUCACCAGCUUUGAGCCCCAGUCUGGUUGGCCCGCUGGGUGGUCUUUCUGCGUUGGACUUUUGCAGGCCGCUUACAGCACAUCAUCUACCGGCAUGGUGAUUUGUAUGUGUGAAGAAGUCCAGAAGCCAGCCACUCAAGUUCCAAAAGCAAUGGUCGGAACAGUUAUACUCAACACGCUGGCCGGGUUCCUGUUUCUUAUUCCGCUGGUAUUUGUGCUUCCCGAUACACGAGUCCUGAAUGCUCUUCAGUCUGGUCAACCAGUACCGACUAUCAUUAAAUCUGCCAUUGGGAGUUCGAUUGGCUCAUUCAUGCUGCUUCUCCCAUUGAUAGUUCUCUCCCUUCUCUGUGUGAUAGGUUGCACCACAGCUGUCUCACGAAGCACAUGGGCAUUUGCCCGAGACGGAGGUAUCCCCGGGUCCAAAUGGUGGAAACAGAUCAACAAUGACGGGGUACCUUUUAAUGCCAUGAUGCUUGGCAUGGCUGUCGAGAUUCUGCUAGGGUUCAUCUAUUUUGGAUCGACAACCGCAUUCAACGCUUUCACUGGGGUUGGAGUCAUCACUUUAACCCUUAGUUAUGCUUGUCCUAUUAUCGUAUCCCUUGUUGGCGGUCGAAGGCAAGUCCGGAAUGGGCAAUUUUAUUGCGGCAAAUUUGGCCUGGUUUGCAAUAUUAUCUCUUUGGUCUGGAGUGUCCUUGUGAUACCGCUAUUCUGCAUGCCUACAUCCAUCCCGGUAUCUGCAGAGACCGUUAACUACGCGCCAGUGGUCUUUGUCGCAUUUAUUCUCAUCGCUUCUGCGUGGUAUUGGGUUUGGGGGUACGACAAAUAUUCCGGUCCACCGACCGUAGAUGAUGAGUACAACCCAUCAGAGAUUGUCUUCAGCUGCCCAAAUUCAGUUGCAAUGCAGGAACAAAAGCAGCGAUCAUGCGCAGAACUUUUAGUUUUGCAGUGCAAAAAUAGCCCUGGGCAGCCUGGCAACUGGCAAGAGACUCGGUCCUUGAACUUCCACUUUGACAAAUCCAAGGACAUAUUUCAAAUCAUUCCCGCCUGGUCUCAGACUUGUAUCAUUGUUGGAUAUUCCAACCAAAUUGACAGAUGCUCGCAGUGUCGCAGCUCCAUCGCCGAGAUACUUUCUAUGCCCCACUUUUGGUGGUCUUUUUUUUAUCAAAAUGCAAAUGGCUGUUUUGGAUACGAGAAAACCCAAGAUUCGGGGGGCUUAACUGGGAUCAACACAUGGGGCAAGUUUACCGUGAAACAAGUGGACCACGAUGCCAGAUUCAGAUGGUACCAUAUGAGUACUUUCACUCGAUGGAUUCCCUCAACUAAUCAGACUAUUGUACUUGCACUUGACUUCGACCAGCCAUGGAGAGAUCGAUUUCUGAGGGCAGUCAUGGCCCGAGACCCAAGGUGGCUUGAAGAUCCAUUUUGGGUCUACCCAGCCUUAGUCGAGCAGGUCGCUCGAGCCCAAGAGCCCUCAGUCUGGGGUAUUCGAGACCACGUCCGAGGGUUAGAGACAGAGGGAAAACCCGAAGGCAGGCCACAGCCUGACUACAGACGCCUCCACGACAUUGCGCGACAUGCAAUUCAUGUAAACGAAACACUCGAUGUUGCUGUUCAGAAUCUAGAAGACAUCCUGGUGCAACAUGAGAGCUAUAUGGUCGCAAGUACAGAAAAUAAUUCGUGCUCCGAAGAUAUUCAUCUUCGGCUCCGGUCUUUCCUUUCUUUCCUCGCCAACUUGCGGUACCGAUCUAUUUCGAAUGAAAAGAGACUACAAAACGAAGUGCAACUAGCCUUCAAUACUGUAGCGCAACAUGAUGCGAGCGUUACACUUGAAAUCGGUCGGGCUACCCAGCUGGAUAGUGCUACGAUGAAAACCAUUGCAUUUGUGACUCUGACCUUCCUCCCGCCAACUUUUAUCUGCGCCAUCUUCAGCAUGUCAUUCUUUGACUUUGGUGGUGAUUCUGGCUGGACAAUGUCAAGUCAAUUUUGGAUAUACUGGGUUUUUGCUAUACCGACUACAAUUUUCACUACUCUGGUGUGGACGUAUUGGCCUGAGAUUCGCCGCGUGGUCUUCUCGAAAUUUUUAUGA